AAGCUUUUAACGCCACACCUUUUACAACUUUUAAAUUCUUCUCGCGAAUUAUUAUUCAAAAGCUGCCAGCACGAUGUGUAUAUUGGUUUAAAGUAGCAUAGUAAAUAGGUCUAAACCUAGGUGGUCAUAAAAAUGAUCGCCUAAGUCUUAACUUAACUUGUAAUACUACUCUAUCCCAGGCGGUAUUAAACAUCGCCUAGACCUAUUAAUAGUUCCUCCAAGGCCUAGACUGUACCCAAUAUGAUUGCGAGGAGGCAACUUGAUUACCUGUUUGGCUACGCCUCUGCUUCAACUCCGUGUUGGAGUGUGUUAACAGUUAACGAACGAGACGAGGGGAUGCUUGUGUGUAGUGUGUGGUGUGGUGUGUGGUGUGUGGUGUGGUGCGUGCUUGCACGUGUAUAGUCUAGUGUAGUCCUAUCUCCGGGAACACCCCUGUACUGUACACUGUACACACGUGAGAGCGAACGAAUAGACACCAGACGUGUGACUAUCGCUGGCCACAAAAAAAGAAAGUUUAUUUUUCGAGUAGUGAGUACAGUGGUGCCAGUCCGAGCAAACGCACCCACAAUAGUAUGAGUACACACUAAACGUUAUGGUAUCGUUGUUCACAUAUCAAUGUGGUGGGCGGUAUGAACAAAGCAAUACGGUGUUAUGGUGGUUAUUAUUCGGGCCCACGUCAGUUAUCAAUAUAUAGACCUCUACAAUCAGUUACCGCGCGCUUGACUGUUGUGGGUUCAUCCCCUGAAACCUAGAUAUCUACGUUCUUACUCUGAGCGUCUAGACUAGCCUGCCUGAAACAGUUCUUUGUGUGGACGAAUUCUUGUGUAGAUUUUAGUGUUUGUAACACGACUGUGGCGUCGUUGGACUCAAGAUCUGCGUGUUUUCGACUUCCACUUACACGGUACCGUUUCUAUAGUACAUGUACCUGGGACAAGACAUCGACUGUGUACAGAACGACGACUAAGGGAUUGCGCCAUGGUAUCUUUUAGGAAUGUAGUUUACGCCAUCAGCCUAUGCGGAUUACUGACCACAGUCUACCUCGUGUCUAGUCUCGCCAUGAGGGAGACUCCGAAAGCAACAUUAAGCGUGCCCAAGUUAGAAAACACAACCUUAGAGCGACUGCAGCUCAGCAAGAUUCGGUCUCACUUUCUCCUGUGGGAUCAAUACAACAUCCCUCCUAUAGGCCAAGACAAGGCAGCAACAUCUGGAAAGUACUUCAUCUACCGCUGUGACGAGGCCACAAUGUCUCUCUGCGGGGGGUGGGAUAACCGUGUGAACGGCGUACUGUUGAGCUACAUAGUAGCGAACUUGACUGGACGUGUGUUUAAAUUUGAACACCUGAAACCGGCCUGUGAUCUCACCCGCUACUUGCUUCCCAACGAAGUUGACUGGCAUCUCCCCAAGAGCUUCCACAAAAGAGUUAUUCCAUCGAAAGACGUGAAGUUGAUAAAAAGGGUAGACGACAACAAAUUUCUUGACAGUCUCCCGACUAUGAACUUUGAAGGCAUGUCACCAGCGGAAGUUCCGUACGUGUAUUUCUUGGGCAACCGAAACUACGAGUUGCGACUGAAAUGUUCCACAGUUUACCAAAAUCAAUUAUCUUGGAUGAGACAUUUAUCACGAGGGGACAUAAAAGCAGCGGUGUAUAAGAGGUUAUUUAAAUUAUCUCCAAAUUUAGAUGUGAAACUUAAAAAUCUUCUCGCGCAGAAUCUGCCUACAGCGAAACAUAGAUUGAUAUGUGCUCACUUACGCAUUGGGGCAAACCCAUCCAACAAAUAUGAUGGUAAGAUACAGGACAUAAAUACAAUAGGUAAUGUAUGGAGUUUUGUGAAAAAUCACUCAAAAACUGAUUUCGACAGAGUGUUUGUUAUGAGUGAUGCUAACGCGGCUAUAGAGGAUGCUAAAAAGCAAUCUUUCGGCCACAGACUGAUUUUGACCGAUGGACCAAUCGUGCACGUGGACAGAAAUAGAGGUUUGACCACAGAGCAUAAGUGUGCAGGUCUAGAGAAACUGAUAUUUGAUCAGCACAUCUUGAUGAAUUGUGACGUUCUUAUGAUAGGUUCAAGCGGCAUCAGCAGGUUAGCGGCCUACAUCCGCAACACAGACGAAGGUCUAUACUGCUACUCCUCCGCCAAAGGAACUGUGGAGCCAUGCACACGGCAGGAUUUUGAAAAACAUAACUUUAAUGGCGGUAACAUGAGUAGUGAGGACUGCUGAUUCCUUAGAGGCACAGACUUCUUUUGCGGGAGAAUUUUACUUAAUUAAGGGUAAGCAUUCCUGAUCCUGUGUGGGUAACAUGUCGUCGGCCCAGAGUACAACUGUCGUAUUCCACUUUUCAUGAAAUCUGAGAUAAGACCACUCAUGCACUCAAAUUUCCAUGUGUUGUAUCUCCAAUAAUUUUGAAGACUCUAAGCACAGUGUUUGUUGAGAUAUCCAGAACCCAGUUGUCGUAUGUCCGAAGCGGAUUUUAACAGAAAAGAGUACACUGUCGGAAGUCCAUUAAUUUCGAUACAUUUUGUUUUGUUGUAUCUCCUUUUGAGCCAAUGGGAUGAGAGAGUACCGUCACGUGAUUUUGUGGGCAAAGCAAAAUAACGUCGUCUAGAACUAGAAGAGGACUGUUCAACGAUCAAGAGGCCCUAACAGGGCAUGUUCAUUGAAUUUGAAUGAGUAAUUUCAUGAGCGUGUCUUUAUGUCCCAAAUUAUUUAAAUUCUAUUUAUGUCAUUGUUUAGGAAUAAUCUGGUAUAGCACUCUUAAUUGUUUUGUUUUUGUAGUGCCUGCAUAGACAUUGUUGGUGCCUCUUCUUUAAACCUUAGCCUGGGAUUUUAAAAUUUGUUGAUUUGAUACAGCAUUGCGCUUAUUUUGUCAAGAGGCAGUUUUCCUUUGUAACAACCAGAGCACUCUAAGAGAGAAAGAGGUGGAGGUGGUGAGGAGAAGACGAGCAGCCUAUAGUGAUCUAUUUUUAUUUGAUUCUUUGUUCAUGAGGAACGCGAUAUUAAAACAUUUGAUUUUCUAUAUUAUUAUGUAAUGAAUAGCUGUAGUCAGGUGAGACCUCCGGAAAACAAUUUAGGGCCUUUUACUUUUACUCUGAAAAAAAAA